AUGCAUCUUAAACCAUCGAAUAAUCGUCGAGUGGAUCGUAUAUCAUUAAUUUUACAACAGUACAACAUCAAGGAAAUUCGUCAUGUGUCGGGUAAGUGCAAUUGUAUGGCUGAUUAUUUGUCUAGAUAUCCACGUCAAGUUGAAGACGACGACGAGUUUAUCGAAAACGAUUUUGGCAUAGUUCCUGGUCUUCAGGCGCUCGUUGCAAUAACUACUAGAGCUCAAGCGAAAGCACAAUUAGUUGUCUUGAAUAGUGGUAAAAAUGAGCCAGCAACAGCACAAUCAUCGCCAGAAGAUGAUCAGCCAUCGAGAGUGGCUGGUCAUGAGUUUGAUGUCACCAAAAUUGGCGAUGCACAAAAACAGGAUUCAUUUUACCAAGAACAAAUUAUGAAAUUACAACAAAAGUCGUCUAAUUGUUCGUUUGAAUUGAAGAAUGAUAUUCUUUACAAGAUUGUCAGCAAUGAUAAGAUAAACAAAAAAUUAAUUUAUGUACCAUCAACAUUAAUUUCUCAAGUGGUGGAAGCUUAUCAUGCAUCAUUGUGGGCGGGCCAUUUUGGGUUUCGUCGAACGCAUAACAAUUUGAAGGAUCGUUACUGGUGGCCAAAUAUGAAAGAUACAAUUAGGAACUACCUUUCGACAUGUUUGAAAUGUCAAAAGUUUAAUUUUGCGCGUCACAAAGCAUUUGGUCAUCUUAAUCCUAUCGAAUCUCCGAGGGGUCCAUUUCAAAUUAUUGGUAUUGAUUAUUCUGGACCGUUCCCGACAACGUCAGACGGUCACAAAUACGUAUUAGCAGUCACAGACUAUUUCACAAAAUGGGUGAUUGCAAUACCGACGGAGAAACAAAACGCUCAAACAACGGCCGCGGCUCUUUACGAACAUUACAUUUGCAUUUAUGGUGUUCCUCGACAAAUUUUAUCGGACCAAGGAACGCCCUUCAAUAAUCAGUUAAUGGGAGCAUUUACGAACAUAUUAGGGUGCCAUCAUAUUAAAUCUACCCCGUAUCACCCACAGACGAACGGAGCUAUCGAAAGAUUCAACGCUACGUUCGAACGUCAAUUAGCGAAAGUCACAAAUACUCACAUGAAUGAUUGGGAUAUUCAUUUGAAGUCAAUUGUAUUCGCAUAUAAUACAGGUCGACACGCAGCGACUGAAUAUUCUCCUUACCAAUUACAAUUCGGACGACAACCAAAUCUCCCACCGGACCCACCUAUUGCACAGUACGAAUUUUUGAAGCCUAGUGAUUAUUUUCAAUACUUUAGACGAACAUUGAAAUUGUAUCAUCGGCAUGCAAAAGACAACAUCGUCAAACAUCAACGAUAUUAUAAAUCAAAAUAUGAUACCCAUCGUUUGGAUAUCCAUUUCAAGGUGGGUGAUCGCGUACUCAAAAGAUUAUCAGGUUCACGAAUGAAAUUAUCAUCAAUUUACUCUGAUCCAAUGAUUGUUCUCGAUGUUCGACAUCCCACAUAUUGGAUUCGUGAUGAGCUCAACGAUAUGGUGUAUCAAGCACAUGUCUCGCAAUUACGUUCAUGUUCUGCUUGUUAA